AUGUCAACCUCAGAAUCACAACCCAGUCUACCAAAGAACCUAUUUCCCCACCGAACCCCCGCAGCCGCAAGCUCAUCAACCGAGGAGUCCAAAGAUGCCAGUGGAAUGACGAAACUGCCUAACGGGGUCAUUCUCGAUAAAGAUGGGAAACCAUGCCGUCUCUGCACCUCCGCCGCAUCCUGGCGCAACCUAACCAAACAAGCCAAAGCCCAAGGCGCGACCUCAACAACAACGGCCACAAAACCAACCUCCGAGUCAACUAUUACCCAACCCCAACCGCGAGAUGACUGUCCCCCAGACGUAGAAGCCCUGGGUCGUUCAACAUGGACAUUCCUCCAUUCCCUGACGGCGUCGUACCCCGUGCAAGCGACGCAGGAACAACAGGGCGAGAUGCGGACGUUCCUGAAGAUUUUCUCGCGCUUGUACCCCUGCUGGGUGUGUGCGGAUGAUUUCCGGAACUGGAUGGCGGAGCCUAGUGGGCGUAAUGAGCCGCGGCUAGGGGGGAGGGCGGAUUUCGGGACGUGGAUGUGUGAGGCGCAUAAUGAGGUGAAUCGGAAGUUGGGGAAGAAGGAGUUCGAUUGUCGGUUUUGGGAGGAGAGGUGGAGGACUGGAUGGAAGGAUGGGAGGUGUGAUUGA